AUGUUUUCAGUGUUUUACUAUCCUUACUAUAUGGCACCUGAGUCAUGGUACAGUGGACAUGGAAUUUAUAGUGUUACUCAAAUCUAUCAAAGCAUUUUGCCGUUCCUGAUUCAAAAUUUAAUCGUGUUAAGAGCAUUUUUCAUGAGGAAUCGACAAAAAUAUUUAUCAGAUAAAUUGCGACCGCAUUUUACUCAAAAACUUGGAAAAUGUGAGAAAGACUUUCUAAGUCGAGUGUUUUUCAUCAUUUUUGUAAGAGUUGCUAAAUAUUUGUGGGUACCGGAUGAGCAUAGUGGAAUAUUUAACUCACAUACAGCAUUUCCUGAGUUGAUCUGCUCAUCAAAUGACUUAAUGUUCAUUUAUUAUGUUGAUUUAUUGAUUGAAUAUUUAGAUUUUAUAAAUUGCAAGACUCAAAUGAUGAGGACACAGAAAGAUAUGAUUAUCAUCAAAAGAAGAAUUUGUGAAAUUUUUAGCCUUAAACGCAAAAUUCUGGAACGAUACUCAAUUGAUAUUUUAAUUACAAUCUUUUAUAACUUUAUCCUUACAAUUAUUUCACUUUAUUGGGUCAUCAUGAGGCUUAUCUUUAGAGAUCUAGAGCACUUUGCUGAUUAUGCAACAUUUUUGCACUUUCCUGAGCCAAUGUUUAUCUUCUGGAUUCUAUUCUCAAGAUGUGAAAAGUUUUAUGCAAAGAUCCAGGAAAUCGAACUUAAUCUUCACAUGAAAAACGCCAAUUUUAAGAAAUUGGAAUCAAUUUUCAUUCUCUUAAACUCAAUCGAGUCUAAAUUCAUCAUUUGUGGAAUGAUUUUUAUGAAAGUCGAGACUUUGACUGAUAUGUUCUCUGCAAUCAUGGACUUUUUCGUCAUGAUGGUUCAGUUGUUUUCGGUUGAUCCACAUGAAAUCAAAGAACCAAAGGAAAAAGAAUGA